AUGAGACGGGAAAACGAAGCGCUGCGAGAGUUAAAAGACAAGAACGGGAAUCGAGUUGGCCCGAGGGGGGCGGAAGGAAAAUAUGGUAACUCGACUGCCCACUGGCAAGUGGCACGCUGGCCGCUUGAGCGCGCAGCAUGGGCCGUUGGCAGCCGUGCAAUUCAUGCACGAAUAAGGGUCGAUUACGGGACGAACGGAAGCUAA